GCCGCAGGACGGCAACCGUCGGAAUUUGUUUGCCCGCGACGAAUGGCCGUCGCAGGCACGCACGCACGUAACGGACCGAUUCUGAUGCUAACCGAUACCGCUUGUACCAUGAAUGGUUAACGGACAAAACGAAAAACCGACGUCCACAAUCCCGCCCUACCGCGACAACUGCCAUCAGCCGUCAUAUGGUGCUUCGGUAUGCUUCGUGGAAAAAAAAACAUUCGAACUCCUCGGAGACGCGUACGAUCUGCGCAGCUCUGAAUUGCGCAUUACCGUCGCCGGUCCUUUAACUACGCGCAUGCGGCCGCCGAGAAGUGCUCCACAGUUAAAUUUUCCCUAACGGAAAUCCGUUAAUACUUCUCUAUUGCAGUUAUUGCCGUCCGUCUGACCAGUAUUUCAUUAAGAUGGAUCCAAAUUCUACAAAUAUUUUUGAAAUAUGGAAAGACUUCGGAAAGUUAACCAUCAAUGGUAAUAAAGAACUUCAUAACACCAUACAGGAACAAACAUUAAAACUAGAUGUUUUUUAUAAUAAUUUGUUACAAUCAGUUAUACCUAAGGAAGUAAAUUAUGAACCCGAAAAGAAAAUGUCUAAAAGACAAUCCAAAGUCCAAAAUGGACCAAUUGGAGAUUUGUUUGCUGCCGAACCAAGUUUUCAACAGCCAGCAUUACCACCUGUCCGUAGAACAAGAAGACAAGCUUCUAUGUUGGCUGUGGAAAAAAUUAAAGGUGGUAAAGAAUCCACUGCAAUCAGCUGUAUGCCAUCUACAAGAAAUCAUAGUGUUAUCGAUCUUACAGCAAUCAAUUGUGGACCAUCCACAAGAGCAAGUCGAGCAAGAACAUUAUCUACAUUAAUUAAUUCUCCAAUAGCAAAUUCUACCUUUGUGGUUGAUAAAAAGUUAAUGGCAAAUAUUGACCAAUGUGCAUCACCUCAAAUGUUUCCCUCUGAAAAUGAAAUUACUUAUAUUAAACCAGCUAAACCUAAUACAACUUAUAAUAAACUGCCUAAAUCUUCAACUGCAAAUACCACAAAAAAAAAUAAUAAUAAAAUCUGUUUGAUACCUGAAGAAUCUCCUAUGAAUAUUGAAAAUAACUGUUUGAAUCAACAAUCUUCGACUAAAUUAGACUUAAAAACUAAAAGUGAAGAGUCUCAAAUUAAAAAUAAACGGCGUGAAAAAUUGGAAGAUAUUGAUGUUAAUAAUAUUGAAGAACCACCAACACAUCUAACAAGAACAAUGAAGAGAAAACUCCAAGAAGAAAAUCCUAAUGGUGCAAAAAAAUCUAAUGUAAAACAUGUGCCUUUAGAACAAAUAGUAUCUACUCCUUUGAAAACAUUAGAUUGUUUAUCACAAACUCCUCAUCAGAUUAGAGAAAAUGAAGCUGAAAAAAGAAAAGAAAUAUUUCUGAAAUCUAAAGCUGAUCAAAGGAAAUUUGAUAAACAACAAAUAAAAGUAGCUAAACACAAAGAAGAGCAUUUAAAACUUCAUCAAGAAAAAAUAAAAAAAAAAGAAGAAGAAAGUAAGAAAAGGGAUGAAAAACUAAAAGAAAAAGAAUUAAUGAUGAAAAAGGAGGCAUUAAAAAAACAAAAACAAACAGAACUUCGAUUAGCAGAGAUAAAUGCUAAACGCCUACAGGCUCAAGAAGCUAGAUUAUUAAAAUUGCAACAAAUUGAAAUGAAUCAGCGUAAGUUAAAAGAAGAUGAGAUGAAAAAGAAAACAGAACUUAAACCAGUUAAAAGUAAAUCUGUUCAUCCAAAAGUGGUAAAUUCAAAUUUACCUGUUCCAUCAAUACCCAAAGGAGCAACUUUACCAAAAUCGAAAGUUGAAAAAACUGGAAUAAAUAUAAAUGAUUAUGGUUUAAAUGAUGUAUCAGCUCGUGAUUCUUCAGAAGAUGAAUCUGGACCCAAAAAGCCUGUUCCAACAUGGGCAAAGAAGGAAAAUAGAAAAUCUGUACUUGAACUCCAAUCUAAUGUUGAUUUGGAAGAAAGAGAUUUAUUUUUUGAUUGUCCUAAAAGUAUGAGUCUUAAAGAAAUGUUCAAAGGCUGGAAAAUUCGUGAUAAACAACGUACAUCAAGUGCUGUUUGGAAUACACCACUACGAUAUAGUGAAUAUAUUCGCACGUAUAAUUAAUAUAAAAUUAAAAUUGGGCUUUUUUUAUAUCCAUAUGUAAUAUUUUUUAAUUUUUAAAAUUUAUAUUUAUUUAAGUAUAAAAACUUAUAGUUUGUAAUACAGUUGAGGGUUUUUAAAUACAAUGUUUAACUCUUUAA